AUUAGUAAAACGUAGCCCUUACUUAGCGUGUUGGCUUUAGUGGUGACAUGCCCUAAAGUCUGAAUAGCUGUUUUUUUUCUGUGCAGUAGGUGGGGCUAUGCUACUGUUUCAAUGGCUUGACAUUUUUUUAUUGACUAAUUCAUGGAAAACAUAAAAAAAUAUAUAAUGAAGGCAGCGUCUAAAAUUCUUAAGACAUCCUGUGAAAAUUACACUGUUUGCUCCAGUUUUAGCUAGAUAUAGUCCUGACUGCGUUUAAAGUGUCAGUAUAAAAAAAUAUAAUUUAAGGCAUCUGAAAUGUGUGAGUGAGUAGUAGCUAGGUUAACAAGCUAGCUAGCUAAUCUUAGUUGUCAUAGCAACCCUGUUUGGUGUUUUCGUUUGCCAGUGAGAAAUGUAACUUGUAAACUAGCUAGCUGGCUACAAAGUUAUCUACAGCACCUUACAGCUUUUAUUUUAUGUAAUAGAACCUGGUUAUAUUUUUUACCAAGAUAUUUAUUUUGUAAAAUAUGUAAGGAUGCAUAAUUUUGGACAAAUGCACGUUUUUUAGCGCUGCUUUAGCUUGUUAGCAGCUAGCUAACUGCAUGAACUAGCACUGAAAUUAGCUAACAUCAACCUAACAGCAUUAUAAGAAAAAAUACUGACUAGCGUUGCCAGUGAUUUGGUUAACCUAAAUCACAUUAUUUUGUUUCCAGGCAUGCGAUGCAACCUUGAAACUGUAGGAGAAGUAAGCAGAAUAAUGCAGCACAGGAUUCACAACACCGUGUGCAGAAUAGAGAAGUUGGAAGUAGGUGAGUAGAUAGGCUGGAGAAAUGUAAUAUAUAUUGCGUGUUUUCUGAUACUGAAAGUCAACACCGAAGCCACAAUUACCAUGCGGAGGAGCAGAUUUAUAAUUCUCAUCACUAUCAGCGUUGUGAUUAUACUUAUUCUGCUUGGUGCAGUAGUCAUCACUGCUUCUAAGGUGGUGGAAUUGAACAGUCUGCUUAAUCCAGGUUUGACAGAGACUCAGAAGGAGUUUCCCAGUCUGUCAAGAAGAGGAGGUGUGGUUCCAGAUCAAGUGUGGCACUGGAUCGUCAGUGCUAAAGUUAAAAUGGUGUUUAACCCUAAAUCUGCUCACGCUCUCCUCAGAGUAAGCAAUGAUGGCAAGCGUCUUCAUCAAGCCUUCCUCAGCAGUCCUCCCCGAGUCCCGACAGCUGAGACAUAUCGGAGGUGUAUCUGUGUUUCAUCAAAGGCCCUCCUCAGCACAAGGGUUUAUUUUGAACUUCAGGUGACACAGACUGUCCCCUGGACUGUGGGGUUCCGUACAGCAUCUUUUGAUGCUGAUCACAUUCCUGAUUUUUUUUCUGAGUUUGGCAUCUGGACAAUUGCAUCAGCAGAUGGUAAAAUAGUCAUCAAUGAUGGGAAGCCCACUCCCACACUUUAUGUCACACCGACUCGAGUUGGACUGUACCUGGAUUACAAGCAUGGUCAGAUAUCCUUCUAUGAUGCAGUGACUAAGUUCCACCUCUAUACAUAUCUUGUCAGCUUCAAAGAAAAGCUUCUGUUUUAUGCGGCUGUUGAUGUUAGGGCAGAAGAGACCCAUGGUGCAUUUAUUAUUUUUUCCUAAUUAGUUCUUAAUUAGACGACUGAUUUAGUGUUAGCAGUCAGUGCUGAAUGUCAGCUGUUGCUGCAAUUGUUCUUUAUUAUUUCUACACUUAAUUUAUUUGCCCAGCAUUGCAUCAAUUAAAAUUACAGAAACUUCUGCAAUACACUUAAAAUAAAGGUGAAAAACUACUAUUUUUGUUUGCAUCAGAACCAUAUUAUAAGACCUGAAUUUAAAUAUUUUUCCCAUUUACUUUAAUUUUGCACCUCUUUGACGAUAUUGACAAUCUAAAUUCAUAAAACUUGAUUUCAUUUUCCCUAGAAUCUCUAGAAUCUCUUUUGUACUUACUUACACUUAAAUAUUAAAUUUAUAUGUUUAAAUACAAUGACUAUUUUAAAAUCUAAGAACGUAUUUACCCAUAUGAUAAAUUAUAUUCUAAAGUUCACAGAAUAACAUACAUGGUAAGAUAUGCUUACCACGAUAAUGUAUGUAUAAUAUAUAUGUAUAAAUCCUGGGUAAUACCUAGGAAGCUAGUUGUAUUGUUACCAUCAAAUGUCAUCAGAUGUUCCCAGUCAUUAGGGUAUAGUGCUCUGCAGAGUAAGCUACUGUAGCUCAUCCCAGCUUUUGCUUGAAGUGAUCUAACUUUAAACUGACAGUCUGUAAGUUUUUGUUGAGAAUGUGUAAUUGCACCUAAGAUGCUAAAAGUAUUUGUAAAUCAUCUGAUGGAGCUGUCUAAAUAAAUAUUAACCAAAUUCUCCUCAGCAUUUCCCAUUGGCUCCUUUGAAUUUGCAUUUUUAUUUUCAGUUGUUUCAAAUGCUAGUAAGACCCAGGUGCAAAUAGUGACUCCCAGUGUGUUUAAACCAUUCCACUGAAUGGUUGUAAUUGUCUUGUUGUAACUUCCAAAUUAAACUUUUUUUUUUUAA